AUGGCUAACCAUAUUAAAUCAGUAGAAAAAUCAGCAAAAGAAUGUAACGUACAUGUCUAUGUUAAAGGUUCUUAUUAUCAAAUGGAAGAUCCAGCUAAACCAGUCUUAGUUUCUGAAGCAGAUAUAGUUAUUGGCCAUGGUUUUCGAUUUGAACUUCGUAAUACAGAUAAUUCAAUGGCAUGCAAUAAACUAUGUCUUUCAAGAAAUCCAAAAGACAUAUUUCAAGUUAAAUGUUUCUUAGAGUCUAUUAUCAAAGAUGGUUUAGUAUGGUCAGUUUCAAAUCCAGAUGUUAUAAGUGAUGGUACAUAUGAAGCAGAUAAAAGAGGCUAUCAAGACCUUAAAAUUGAUAUACAAACUAAAUGUAAAAAAGAAGGCCUUAAACGAGAAUUAUUACAAGUACUUCGUCGAAUGGAAGCACAAGAUAGCCAAGACACUGAAAGUGAUAGCCAAGACGCUACAGAUGAUACCAUUGACAAGAAGAAAAAAUAA